AUGAAGGUGGUGCUGAGGGUGAGAAAGAAAGCAGAUUUUAGGGAAAAAGCCACGCAAACGGAAAACACAAGCGAUACGCUUGCCAUCUAUGAAGAGGAAACCAGAUGUAAACAAAACAGUGAUUUCUGUGACGACAUUGAGGCCUUGGAGACUUCGAUGGAUGAUGUUUCUGAUUCAAAUGAAGUGAAGUAUAAAUUGUUCCUUCCUUAUGACGGGAACUGGGGCGCCAUGACGUCCAACGGUUCCUUCAACGGGAUGGUGGGGAUGGUGCAGAGCCACUGGAUGGACUUCGCCAUGGCAACGAUCACCAUCACCCAGAUCAGAGAGACCGUCAUAGACUUCACUCACGCCUUCUACGAGGAACCGACCGCCAUCCUCAUUCCUCCGGCUCGGGAGCAGAACAACUUCCUUGCUUUUCUUCAGCCAUUUACGUGGCAGGUCUGGACGCUGAUUCUGAUAAGCAUUUUGGUGGUCGGCCCCUUGACUGGCUUGCUUGUGAAUUCUGUUGACUUACCUGUCUUGUAUCCACAUCGCCAAGAAAGCAGCGCCCGACCCCUCGUUAGAUACGUGUGGGACUCUGCUUUCUGUUUGACUUCACAAGGAAACAACAUGAGGCAAUCAGAGCCGGCGCGCAUCCUGUCGGCCUUCUGGUGGGUGUACAGCAUCACCAUCAUCUACACCUACAACGGGACGCUCAUCGCCUUCCUCACGAUCCCGAGUCUCACGAACCUCAUCAACUCACUGGACGAGCUGGCCAAUCAGAGAGACGUGCUGUGGACGUACAGGAGUAACUCGGCCCAUGAGACGCUUUUUGCUAACGCGCCGGCCCCGGGGACGUACAACAAAAUCGGCAAGCUUCUCGCAGAAAGGCCGGACCUUUUGGUCAGAACGGACCAGGACGGAGUGGAGGCGGUUCUUGGAGGGCACACUGCUUUUAUUAAGGAGAAAUCGUGGCUCGACUUUGCAAUGGAAGCGGACUACUUGAAUACUAAGGAGUGCCGCUUGUCUCUGGUGAACCAUUACUUCUUCAGCGCCGGCUACGGGUGGGCCCUGCAGAGCGAGUCGCCCUUCCUCAGGCUCUUCAAUGCUGAAUGGGACAUUUGGCUGUUGUGCUCUGGCCAGGAGAGCUUGAAAUCUAUGAAGAUGCUGGUGACAGAGGAUUUGCGCUUGUCGAGUUGGGCAAGGAUGAGCUCGAGGAAGGCAGUGUGUGGUAGAGGAGGAAUAUAUAUUGCCAAAGUGCCAAGUGUCAACACUGGGCGCGAGGUCCUGAUAGGCCCAGUUGGUGACAGAGCUUUCACACAGCAGACUGGGCAUUGGAGUAAUGGCAAUGGGUCGACUUCGCCGAAUGAGGCGGGGGUUGGGAUUUUCCCGAUCGCGCUGACAAAGGCGGUCUUCCAUUGCGAUGGGCACUAA